UGGUUGUCCCCGUCAGAGGCAACUGAGUGUUUCCUGUCCCAAGAAAUCUGGCUGGCACCACCGCAGUUCUAUGAAAUGAGAAGACUUGAAACUUUUGACUCUCUCUCCGCUCUGCACAGAUUUUCUUCAGAUUACCCGUUAGAGAUAACUGAGAAGUGGCUGCCGAUCAAGCUUUUAACUGCUGACGGCACCAUCAUGCUUUUGCCAGGAGAUGAGCUAUACAGGAAAGACUCACAUUUCCUAGAAAACCCAAUGUCUACUGACAGAAAGACGGAAGAAAUCUUGAAGGAGGGCAGAGUAGUUAACCGAGUAGUGAUCCACAGCUCCCAUCUCUAUGAAAUCCACGUGUCUCUCCUGUCAGAGGGUAAGCACGUGUACCCUAAGAGCUAUGUGGUGAGGAAGAGCCCGACUGCCCACUUGUAAGCUGCUCUUCUUUGGAGGAUCGACUGAACUUGUCUGAAGUAGAAGGAACGCACCUAUCAAAGGCACAGAGAUGUUUCCUGUGUCGUGUGCCAGUCUUCAAACUGCACAGCAAGCCAGCCCUGGGAUAAAAUGUAUGAAGUACUGAGGAUCGUGUUACUGAGAUAAAUGGUUCCACCACGGUUGUCCUUUCUGUGUCUUAUUAGUUUCAACAUUUUUGGUUUUCUGAUACAAGAUUUCUCUAUAUAACAGUCCUGGCUGUCCUGGCACUCGCUCUGUGGACCAGGCUGGCCUCAAACUCACAGAGAUCCACCUGCCUCUGCCUCUGCCUCCCAAGUGCGGGAUUAAAGGCGUGGUGACAAAUCGAGGCUCUACUUCUGUCUUGUAACUGUCACAGGUGAGAUUCAGCCCCGGAUCUCUAGACUUUUGGCAGGAAUUGAUUCAGGGUACCUAAUUAGACAGUGUUAUGGUUCCAAUGUGAACUUUCCUGCACAUGGUCCCUAGCUGGUAGCACCUUUUUGUCAGGCUUUAACUAGGAGAAGUGGGUUGCUGGCACGGGUGGUCCCGAGGGGUUGAGUCUCACCUCCAUUCCGGCACAAUUCUCUGUUUUCUGAUCUGGGGAGAUGUGAGCAGCCCGCUCCAGGUUUCUGCCUCUGUGCAUGUCACAUUGCUUUCAGCACCAUGAAACUGGCUGAAAUAAAUCCUUACUCUCUUUGUCUCUGAGGCAUUUGACCGUAGCAAGGAAAGUGUUAAUGCAAAUAAACCGUGAUUGAGAUAUCCUUCAAGGGUGAUGACAUACCCUUGCCAUGCAUUUAACUUGGGUAUUUGAGCUGGUUGGGGUGGCGCACACCUUUAAUCCCAGCACUGGGGACACAGUGGCAGGCGGAUCUCUGUGAGUUCGAGACCAGAGAAACCCUUUCUCCAAAAAAAAAAAAAAAAAUACAGUAUUUGGUUCAACACCAAGUAGCAUUCGUUUUGACAUCUAAAUUUUAUUUUGUUUUACACGUUUUUAAUGUGGUCAAGCACACAGGUGAGCCUAUGCUAUGGAGCAGUGACGAGGGCAGAGAACAGCUUAGCUUACAGGAGACCUUUCUUUCCUGCCGCAUCGGUGUCUGGUCAAUCCAGCUCAGGUCACUAGCUUUGCUUUGCAAGCUCUUACUGGCCAAGCCAAGCCAUGUUGGUCCCAUGUUUCCCGAAUUUUAAAGAUUUUGGAACCAUAUAAAACACAGACUGGUGAGGCGGCUCGGCAGGUGAAGGCGGGUUCCACGCAUGCCCAGUGACCCCCGUAACCUACUAAAGGUGGGAAGAGAGAGCCUGCUGUUCAGAGUGUCCCCUGCCUCCACACGUGUGCCCUCACACAUACUAUGUUUACACAGACACACACCAUAAGACUCGAACCUUUGGGAACUUAGGAAGUGUUCCUUAAGGGAUGUAAAGGGGUCAGUGAUUAAAUUCACGGGGUUUACAGGGUUUAAUGUGGGUGAUUUUCUUUUUGAUUUUGUUACAGGCAAAUGAUCUUUAUUUACUAAAGGUGAGAAUUGAUAGUUAAAGCACCACUUGUUCUGUUUGCUUUGUGUAAAAAGACAGGGUCUGUGCAAAGCCCUGGCUGUCCUGGAACCCACUGUGGGCCAGAUGGCUUCAAACUGACAAGAGAUUUAUCUGCUUCUGCCCCAUGAGUGUCAGGAUUAAAGGUGUGUGCCACCACACCUGGCAGGACACUGAUUCUGUGUGUGUAACGUGUUUCACAGAAUGUCUUGAUUUUCCUGCUAACACAAUAAAGGCAAUAAUAAAUAAA